GAUACAUGUAGGCUGAGGCCAACGUCACCGAGCAAAUAAGCAAUUAAUUAAUCUGCCAGGGCCUUAUUCCAACUCCGGGAAGAGUUCUAUUUAAAAGUGUGCUCGUGAAGCCCUAUAGUCCGCAUGUUGUAUUCAUCUUAUUCCGCCAUCCGAAGAUUUUCAUUUUCUCGGCAUGUCCUCUGCCAAUUCACCAGUGAUUGUCUUAGUUCCCGGGGCGUUCGGUACUCCCGCGGGUUUCGACAAACUUCUACCGUACCUGAAAGCAGCCGGCCUUUCAACCCACCCAGGACCAUACCCUAGCUGUAAUCCUUCUGAUCCAACUACAGCCACCUGUUCGAAUGACAUCGUCGCACUUCGUGAUGACGUCCUUCUCCCUCUCUUAAGACAAGGAAAAGAUGUCAUCAUCCUCGCGCACUCAUAUGGUGGUGUCGUGGCUGGCGGUGCGGCCAAGGACCUUGACAAACAGACCCGAGGAGCCCAGGGCCAGACAAGUAGCGUCAUUGGCCUUAUUUACGUUGCUGGCAACAUCACGCUGGAAAACGAGUCUCUGUUCGAAGCAGUGGGUGGAUCGUAUCCUCCGUUUAUAAAAGUUGAUAAGCCAAGCAAGGGCUUUGCCCUAAUUGAGCCUGCAAUGGAUGUUCUAUACAAUGACUGCGAUCGUGCACUUGCUCCGGAACUAGAGAAACAUAUGAAUCCCCAUGCGCUCAUGGCCUUCGAGACCAAGGCUGGUGCGCCCGCUUGGGCGGACGCAGGCUUUGACGGAAGGAGGGCGUAUGUGCGUACCAUAGUCGACUGCUGCAAUCCAGUAGGGAUUCAGGAUUCGUGGAUUGGGAAAAGUAAGGUGAAGUGGGAUGUUGUAGACUUCAAAACGGGACAUAUGCCGUUCAUUAGCCAGCCUCAGACCCUAGCUACGCAGAUUGUGAAAUUUGUUGACAGCUUCACAGCAAUUUAGUGUACUUAAAUC